UACUUUGCUACGGUUACGGAUGGCUGUGAAGCCUUAAUUAGUGUUGUUUAAAUUGUUGCAAUAUUAAGGUAUUUUUAUAAUUUUUCACGCAGCUGACCCGUUCUCCUUCUGAAGGGGCGCUGUCUAGCAUAAAUUCUAGCCGCCGAAGCCUUUAUCACGUGACUUUGCCACCGCCCAGUUACCCCUCUGCAUCACCUUAUUAUUCACUUACCAAAUAUUUUGCGAGACUAGUUAAGAAAAAGGUAAUUACUAGACAAAUGUUGCGUAAAUUGUUACAUGAGCGAACGUGGGCAAAAGCCUUUGAAUUAACGGGAAUACCCGUAAUGAGAAAACAUAAGAACCAUAUAAGGCUAAGAAUAGAAAAUGACGGGACUGUUGGCACCGAAACAGAUGGGUCGGAUAGCGAUAGUGAAAGGGAAUCUGACACUACUGAGUCAUAUACAAGCUCUAGUUGCGCCGAUAUAGAUGAUCUGCCCUGCCCUAGAAUGCUGAGGCAAAAUGCUCAGGAUAUUAUUAGCCCUAGAACUGGUUCCUCUGUUAGUAGUUGGGGGAGUAAUUAUGGCUACGUCCGCUACAUGGAUAGCACAAAUAAUCUAAACCUCGAGGAGUCCGAAUUAAUUAGGGGAGAUUGUACGAAAAAUAUAUUUUUGUCAAUUCCAUCCCACUCGAAUAUUUUUCAAGCCGUGAAUAGCCCUGAAGACACUCCUUUACAAAAAUCCCAACGUGUGCAGAAUUGUGACAGACAUCUACUUGCACAAUAUUCGGAAAGUACAGAAAACUCUUCUUUUGAAGUGAGAACUUAUAUGGCAUGUGAAGAUUUGGUAAACAUUGAUCAGGAUAUUCUAAUGAAUACGAUAGGAUAUGAAAAUUCUGAUUUUGUUCCUACGAGGCAAAGUUUUCCCAUUAAUGCUAAAAAGGAUUCUGUCCCAAAGCUAUGGAAAUCAACAGAGGAAACAUAUUCUCAAGAUAUGGUAGAAAAAAAUUCAAUAACAGACAUAUUGCAAGAAAUCGCACCACCAUCCCCAAAACUCUGUAACGAUUUUAUUUACCCUGAUCAUCCAGUCAUUGAUCCGCCUCCAAUGUUUAGAAACGAAGAAGAUGAUGUUAAAAUAAUUAACAUGAACCUUAAUACCGACAUCCCUUUUCGUAAGCAUUCUCUUAAUUCUGAUAAAAGAAUCAGACGUUCAAUGUCGAAGUCAAUGGUGGAAACUGAAAGCUUCUGCAAAAAUAAUGAACCCACAUUUCAAAGGAUGAGUUCACAGUCUGACGGAAAUAAAUUAUGCAAGAAGUGUGAAUGCUGUAACAGGUCUUUAUGCCCUAGCCCGAGAUCUUCGGACUCGGGAGUGGUCGGAAGCUGCAACUUAGCGUCUCCCGAGUUGAACUUGCAUGAAUAUGCUGGCGGAAGCACUGGAAAUGACUCUGAUGGACAUGAAAAAAUAGUAGACAAUUUGUCACAGGGAGCUUUCGAUGAGCGCCGUAAAAAUUUAACACUGUCCGAAAUAGAGGCAGCUAAUUUCGAAGAUCAAUGUAGAUGCACAUCUCCUUUCGGUUCUACGGCUAGAACUUCUUGCGUUACGAGUGUAACGUCGGAAACCAGUCUUGACGUGAUGGAUUUGUCAAAUAUCCACACGACUUCUACGUAUGCAGCCACCCCGCCGGUGUCGUCGCCACAAAUUAAAAGAACGUCCAUUCGUCAUAACAUCGAACGAUAUGUGCCGGAAAUCAAACUAAAACCCGAAGUUCCACCACGUAUCUACCGCAAGCCCAGUACCCAUCUAGAGAUUCCAAAGAAUGUUCGACAGCCUGUACCCUGUCAGUGGAGUACCUUGAAUAUAACGGAGCGCACAAAACCCAGCCUACAUUACCACAUGCGUAUAUUCAGGGAGAAGCCCGAAAGUGACGAUAUGAACACUGAUAGACCGUCUCGUGUGAAUCAACGUCGAAAUUGUGAUGUUUUUGAUCAAGAAAAGGUUCAAGCAAAAACGGGAGAAAAUAUGGCAACUCGCAAAACUAGAUCUCGCAGCGAGGACUUAUCUAAAUUCCAAAAGGAAUUAACUGAAGCAAAGAGUGGCUUCAUGGUGUAUCGUUCAGACUUGUAUGCGCAUUGGUGGAUGAAAGCAAAGUUACCCAUAACAGUGGUCACCGACUCAGGCAAGGAUAAUACUUUUGUAAAGAGAUACUGUUUGUACAUCACUGGUUUGAAGAUAAUAAUACUUACUGCCUUGAAGUUUUGUAACCAUUAAUGCUGUCAUUAGUUACCCCAGUGUUGCAGUGCUUUACUUGAUCAUCCUUGCCUGUGUUUAUUCAUCUUACUAACUGAAAAAAAACCCUGCCACUGCAACUAGAUACCUCAUUUACUAACAAUUUAAGAAAAGUGCAUGGAUAUGCUUCUAUUACCUGUGCCUAUAUCACUAGAGGUACACAUGUAUAAAGUACUAUGUGAAUGUACCUACGAAGUGAAUGCGAUCGUUUGAAAUCCAUUUGAACCUGGGUCCAUAAAAUAUUUAGAAAAUUAAAAAGCGAUCGUAUAAAAUGAAACGGUUGAGUACCGUAAUAAAAAUAUAAAUACGUAUUAGGCACUGAGAUUCCAGCUGAGAUGGAGCCGGGUCACAAAUGUGGGCUAUAAAGUGUGCUUUAAAUAGAUGUUGUUGAUGAAUACUCUGUAAACGAUAAUGGAACUGUCGAGACAUUACAAUAUUCCAAUCAAAAUAAACAAGUUCACAAAUUCUGAAAUAAACUGUCAUUUUUCUAACUCUAUUCUGUUUCGAUUUUAAAGCAUCGCUCACUUAACCUGAUUACCUAAAGUAGAUUUGUUAAAAUACAUGUACCUAUACGUUGUGUGGUAUUUUUAAAAUAUGGA